AUGACGGCCUUGCCUGCACGCGAGAAGCGACCCCUCGGACCAACUCAGAAUGGCACGUCAUCCCUGCGUCGCAUCGGCAUGCUGGACUUGCUGGACCAAGAUCCACGACCUACAUUCGUUAUCGAUACAUCGCCAGGUAGCCCGAAGUCCGGAAAUGGAUGCCAUUUGGAGUAUUGGAAUUCGGCCAUGGCCGCCACCGACCCUGGAGGGCUACUGCAACUACUAAGCCGAGAUGGUGGUGCGUACUCUGCUAAUGAAGAAGGCUAUGCCCCAUUUACAAAAUUUCGAAGCUGGUCUUUGACACACGACACAUCGGAGAAGCCGUUCCUUUAUCAUGGGUUCAACUGGAUGAAGAUCCAUGUGGCUGGCCGCUGGAAUGUCAUAAGCGGUCUCUUGGCGACCACAUGCACCGGCAGUGAGGGCUCUGGGAUGACCACUCUCACUCGAAAAACUUCCAAAUCGAAAGUACCAAACUUUGAUUGGACGGAUGAACUUCCUCCUCUGCGGUUGUCACGACAUGCAGCCUGGGCGCGCAGCAUUGACUGGGCCUCCACUCCUCUUGGCCCAAUGUCUUCCUGGUCGUCACAGCUACGCAGUAUUGCCAAUCUUGUCAUGCAAGAUCCACGGCCAGCAGUCGUUUUCUACGGUCCGGAUCUGAUCAUGAUCUACAACGAAGCAGAGAUAGAGCUGUUGGGUGGCUUCCACCCUUGCAUGGGAGUCAGCGCUCGCGUCGCGCUUGCUUCAGUCUGGGACCAGUAUUUUGAACCCAUCAUACAAACCAACCUCGCAGGAGAAACCGUGGAAAAGACGAACACCUCGAUACACAUGGUACGCAGCGGUUUCAUGGAAGAGACGUACUUCUCCUUAAAGUUCAUACCCAUAUUAGAUGCUGAGGGUAUCACAGUUGGGCAUUAUGAGCCCCUGGUAGAAACGACUAGACAGGUCAUUGCACAAAGACGCUCGCGCGUUCUCCUAGAACUAAGCGAAGAGAUACCCAGGGCGCGCAAUACGGAUACUUACUGGGUUCUCGCCACUGAAGUUCUAUCCCGCAACGAUAAAGAUAUUCCGUUCGCAUUAUUGUAUUCGGCUGAAGCAGACGGGCAUGGGUCCGAAUCGAGUAGGACGCGCUUUUCCGAUACGAACCAACAGCACUGCAAGCUUCGUGGCUCAUUCGGUCUUCCGAAAGGGUCGCCUGCAGGUCCCGAUCAUCUGGACUUUCAGCAAGACCAUGGCUUUACUCCAUACUUUCGCCAAGCUCUUACUGCCCGGAAGCCGAUCAUAAUUCGGUUCGAUCAAGAUCCUGUGGCGGCAGCGUUGGUCAAGGACGUUGAGUGGCAGGGCUUCGGUGAUCCCUGCCGAGCGGCAGCCAUCUGCCCUCUAAACCCGACUUCUUCAAAAGACAAUAUCCUUGGCUUCAUGGUCAUUGGGCUUAAUCCCCGUCGGCCAUUUGACGAAGAUUAUCUCCAGUUCAUACUGGUCGCCAGUCGCCUGCUUUCUACGUGCUUAACAUCAAUUCUACUCCAUGAAGAGGACAUUGGGCGUCGAGAACGGACUAUCGCAAACGCGGAAGCAAUGAAAUCGCAACUGAAGGAACAGUUGACUCUGUCUCAAGCGGAGUCUGAGCGCAAUUUCUCCAAGUUCAAACGCUUCGCAGAGCGUGCCGAUAUUGGCAUCUUUCUCAUAGGAAUGGACGGGGUCUAUUCGUAUAGGAACGAAGCAUGGUUUGAGAUGCUUGGUCCAGUGGAUCCUGCAACCGAUCUCGCUGACGCGUGGAGUAAGCUUAUCGACGAUGACUUCGUCGAAAUGGGACAAGCAAAGUUUGAGGAACUUGUCGAGACCAAACAGCACCAAUCAUUCGAGUUGCGUCUCAAGAAGAGGUGGAAUGCGCCUACCCAGCAUAUGGAUGAUACAUUCCCCGAACAGGAGCCAAUGUGGGUCAUCACAUCCAUCUUCCCUGAGCUCGAUGAAAAUGGGGAAGUAGUAGAGAUCAUCGGUUGCUGUACCGACAUCAGUCAGCAGAAAUGGGGAGAGAAACUUCAGGCUACCCAGGCGACGAGGGCCCGAGAAUCUAAGCGCAGUCUGGAAAACUUCAUCGACACGACAUCUCACGAGAUGCGAAAUCCUCUGUCCGCGAUCGUUCAGUGUGCAGAUAGUAUUAUCUCGGCUCACAAGAACUUCAGCAAGUCGACGGAUUAUCAGAAGGUCUAUCAGACUAUAUUGGAGCAUACCGUUGACGCUGCCGAAACCAUUGUCCAGUGCUCGAAGCACAUGAAGACUAUUGUGGACGACGUGCUUACCAUGUCUAAGCUGGACUCCGGUUUGUUUGUAAUGACCCCAGUCGAUGUCAAAUUCGACUCAAUCGCGAGAGACGCAGUGAAAAUGUUCGAUGGUGAAGCCAAGUCAGCUGGCGUGGAUUUGCGAUUCCAGCUCGAAGAGUCAUGCAAAAAGAUCGCGGUUGAUCUCGUUUCGCUAGACCCUACAAGGGUCUUACAGAUACUUAUCAACCUUAUCACCAAUGCGAUCAAAUUCACUCGAUUAGAAGAGAUACGCGAGAUCAGGGUCAGUCUGGGCGUCUCCCUGAAGCAGCCGACCCACAGUUUCAGCGUGCCAUUCUCCCGUAGCUCCGAAACAUCAGAAGCAGCGACUCUACAAGCAGAUUGGGAGAAGGGCGAGAUAGUCUACAUCAUCUUCUCCGUGCAGGACACGGGUCGUGGCUUGAGCGACGAAGAACAUCAGCUCCUUUUCGCACGCUUUUCGCAAGCGUCUCCGCGCACACAUAUCGACUAUGGUGGCUCCGGUCUGGGUCUCUUCAUCUCACGAAAGCUUACUGAGAUGCACGGCGGCGCUAUCGGCUUCGCAUCUAAAGCCGGCGUCGGAAGCACAUUUUCCUUCUACGUGAAGAGUCGUAGAAGCACUAUUCGCCCCAACUUUAACCGGUCGGAAAGCGACGCGGCCGUUAGCUUGAGCAUACGUGCGCAAAAAACGCUGCUUUCAAGUCGAUCGCGCAACGAAUCGGACGAACCACCCCAAGCCUCCGCCCCUGCGAACGACAUACCCAACAAAGACCUACACGUCCUCAUCGUCGAAGACAACCUCGUAAACCAGCGCGUCCUGGCCAAGCAGCUACGGAACACGGGUAUGCAGGUCGCAGUCGCGAAUCAUGGUGGAGAAGCUCUUGACUAUCUGCGCACAACAAAGUACUGCAUCUCCGAUGGCUCUGGAAAGCCACUCGCACUCAUCCUAAUGGACUGGGAGAUGCCUGUCAUGGAUGGUUUGACAUGCGUUAGGAAUAUCAGAGAGCUUCAGAAAGAAGGCGUUGUUAGAGCGCACGUGCCGGUCAUCGCGGUGACAGCUAAUGUGAGGAGCGAGCAGGUAGAGGUGGCGUUGAAGGCGGGAAUGGACGAUGUGAUAAGCAAACCGUUCAGGAUACCGGAGCUAUGUGCCUGUAUACAGAAGACGUUAAGGAAUACGGCUAGGUCGUAG